AUGGCGGCAGGACAGCGUCUAAAAGGGGGGCGUAAUGCUAAGCGCCGUCAAUCCCGAAAACAGGAGACUGCGUUGCAGCGCGAGGAGAGACUCAGUAGCGCGCGUGUUGCAGCGCAGCGACGGAGGGAGCAAAAACGAAUCGAGGAACGAGAAAAACUCCAGGAAUUGAGUAGUCACGCUCUCGACGCCGUUAAGUUCUCACGAGAGGACAUCGAACUCGUUGCUGCUGGGCAGCAGUACACAAAAGACCCUCGACUGGCCUUGAUUUACUAUUACUGCUGCGGGCCAGAUCCACGCGGGUUUGUUUUUGGUGACGAGCAGUUGAAUGGUGAGAAUGGAGAGGAGGCACAGAACCGUCUUAAAGAUAUGUUUAGCGAUUAUCCGAAACCUGAAAAUGUUGGCGCUUGUCAAAAAUUAACAUCUGAGUUGGAGUCCGAGGCAGUAGAUAUCUGGGCUUGCGCUUCGUGUGGCAGAAUUUUACUGGGUGGUGGUGGUUCUGAUAAGGUGGUGGUCAAAUCACUGGUGGAUUUACCCCCUCGUUUAAGCUGA